GACAACACGACCGACCAGAGCACCAAGUGGUUCCCCUCCUUUCGGGAUCUCCUGUUUCAUGAUCACCGGCUUGAUGAGAAUGGAUGCUGUGAUCUCGAUUGAAGGAGGGAACGAGUGGCACCUGGACACAACGACGGAUAUUGAAGUGAAAGGAGAUUAA